CACAAGAAGAAGAAACAGACGGAGAGGCGCGGAAACAACUCACGAGCCAAGUUUUGUCAGCGGACGACAGUGGAUGCGAAGCAGAUGACUUUCAUAUGAACACGGUGACCCUUAAAGUGGAGUACUACAGGUGAAAAGAUGGACCAGCUGGAAACACAGCAGAUAAGAUGAUACUUCCACAAAACACCUGACCCGGGGGGCAUCGCACUGGCUCUUGUUUCAGAUCAUAUGAGUGCCAACUUAAGUGGCCCAUCAUGGUGAACACCAGACACUCUGGCAAAUUAAAAAAGAACUUGAAGAAAACACAAAGGCAGGCGGUAAAUUCAGAGGAGGGCGGCGCUGUUGACCUCUGGGAGCUCAUCGGCUGCGAUCAGGAGCUGCUGAGCGUCAGUGAUGGAGUAAAGCAGUCAGAUGAGGAUUCUCGGUCCUCCAUCAGCAGCUUUGCCUCUGGGCCGUCUCGCUCGUACCAGGACGCGGCGCCGUACCUGUGCUCAUCCUGCCUGAAGCUCUAUGAGAGGGCGAAGAAGAUGAAGAAAAUAAAGGACAAACUUUUAGACAACGAUCCUUGCUCCCUGUCAUGUGACCAGUGGGUUCUUGGGAAGAAGUGGAGAGUGAGCCGACGGCCGAACACAGAGGGGAAGCUUCUGCAGGUUGUGUGUCGAAUUACGACUCAAUUUAAAAAACGGAGUCCCGAACAGAGCGGGCGGGAAUCGGACUGUUCAAGGCCGCACCCUUUCCUGCAGAGAAACCUCCGCGUGAAACCUCGUUUUAAAAAGCAGAGGAAUAAACGGAAAAGAUCGAGACAAGGCGGCCAGGGUCCUCGCUCGGCCAAGCAGCAGCGUCUCCAUGGCAACAGCAGGCAAAGGCUUCCCCCCAGCAUCAACAGCACACAGAGCAAUCGCACGCUUGAUGGCAACUGCUCCGGGUUUUGGGAUGGAGAUGGCGAUAGCGUGCUUGCAGAAGACUCACAAUUGGAGAGCGAACCCAUUGCCGUCUCCAUGGCGACCCACCCGAACAGAGACUUGACAGGCAAGCAGGAGGAGCCACUGAAGCAGAGUGGGUUCAGAGAUUUACUAGCUCAAUUGUCCAACACCAGCACCAUCAUCAGAGAGAGAGAACCGUCAGAGAAAGUAUGAACUCUGACCUGAUCUGAGGUCCAAUGCUGCUUUAUUAAGGGAUAUUCUGUAUGUUUUCAUAGCAACUUUGCAGCUAUCCUUUUUCAUCCAUGUUCAUGUUCCGUUGUCAAUGCGAUAUUUAAUAUCUAAAUUACAUUUAGAAGCCUUUAAAUGGUUUUAUUUAAAAGGAUUGAGGAGAUUUUAGUCAACAGCCUGCUUAUGUUACUGACAAUUUAUGUUGUGCACCGUUGCUUUUGUUUUAAAAUACCUGACCAUAAGUUCUAAUAAAGCACA